CACUCAUUACAUCUUUUGCCCAGAUGAUAGAGCUCGAAAUCCCCCCGGGGUUGUUCACGGAAUGAGCCGCUCUGUUAUGCUGUGAGCCGUGGUAUUAAUAAGCCACUCCUCACUAGAUGUGGGGGUUCCACAACGCUUCCUCCACCCGUCACCACAGCAGCGGAUAGGAUUUAGGUUGAAUAUUCCAAAUAGCCAAUUAUGACAGUUAAUUUCAAAUGAGAUGACUUCGAACUACACGUGAAAACAAUACUACUUUAUAUCACGACUCAUGCCAUCCGUGUAUGUAAUCAAAGCCUUCUAAGUCUUGAUUUGUCCUUACAAAGACGAACGGUAGAGUGAAUAUCAACAUUUGCCAAACAGGAGUUAGUGAAAGUCUGAAAGGGAAAGCCUAGUUAGGUUUUAUCUUAGAAGUGAUUUUUAAAAAGAGACACGCAGAUAAGCUCGAGCUUUCUGGAGCCGAUUCCUAAGGCCUUGCAGGUGUUAAGGGGAUCGAGAAUUGGCUGCAGGUUCCUCGGAAGUCUGCGCCGAUUCGGAGGGCCACCUGGCCACCUCUGACUUUCUGAUCUAGGGUGCAUCCCCCAGUCCCGGUCGACAAAGGUUUGCCUGCAAUGAGAUUUCAUUCUCUACAUUUAAAGGACAUCCUUUCUGAGCUGCUGUGAAUAAAUUUGGAAUGGUACUGUGUAUUUUCAUCUAAUGGAGAACUAGCUGUACUUUGAAUAAGGAUUGCUGCACUGGACGACUUUAGAACAUCCCUCACAAUGUCGUCAACCCGGAGCCAGAACCCCCAUGGCCUGAAGCAGAUUGGCCUAGACCAGAUCUGGGACGACCUCAGAGCCGGCAUCCAGCAGGUGUACACGCGGCAGAGCAUGGCCAAGUCCAGAUAUAUGGAGCUCUACACUCAUGUUUAUAACUACUGUACUAGUGUUCACCAGUCAAACCAAGCACGAGGAGCUGGAGUUCCUCCUUCUAAGUCGAAAAAGGGGCAGACACCUGGAGGAGCUCAGUUUGUUGGCCUGGAAUUGUAUAAACGACUUAAGGAAUUUUUGAAGAAUUACUUGACAAAUCUUCUUAAGGAUGGAGAAGAUUUGAUGGAUGAGAGUGUACUGAAAUUCUAUACUCAACAAUGGGAAGAUUAUCGAUUUUCAAGCAAAGUACUGAAUGGAAUUUGUGCCUACCUCAAUAGACAUUGGGUUCGCCGUGAAUGUGACGAAGGACGAAAAGGAAUAUAUGAAAUCUAUUCACUUGCAUUGGUGACUUGGAGAGACUGUCUGUUCAGGCCACUGAAUAAACAGGUAACAAAUGCUGUUUUAAAGCUGAUUGAAAAGGAAAGGAAUGGUGAAACCAUCAAUACAAGAUUGAUUAGUGGAGUUGUACAGUCUUACGUGGAAUUGGGGCUGAAUGAAGAUGAUGCAUUUGCAAAGGGCCCUACGUUAACAGUGUAUAAAGAAUCCUUUGAAUCUCAAUUUUUGGCUGACACAGAGAGAUUUUAUACCAGAGAGAGUACUGAAUUCUUGCAGCAGAACCCAGUUACUGAAUAUAUGAAAAAGGCAGAGGCUCGUCUGCUUGAGGAACAACGAAGAGUUCAGGUUUACCUUCAUGAAAGCACACAAGAUGAAUUAGCAAGGAAAUGUGAACAAGUCCUCAUCGAAAAACACUUGGAAAUUUUCCACACAGAAUUUCAGAAUUUAUUGGAUGCUGACAAAAAUGAAGAUUUGGGACGCAUGUAUAAUCUUGUAUCUAGAAUCCAGGAUGGCCUAGGAGAAUUGAAAAAACUGUUGGAGACACACAUUCAUAAUCAGGGUCUUGCAGCCAUUGAAAAGUGUGGAGAAGCCGCUUUAAAUGACCCCAAAAUGUAUGUACAGACAGUGCUUGAUGUUCAUAAAAAAUACAAUGCCCUGGUAAUGUCUGCAUUCAACAAUGACGCUGGCUUUGUGGCUGCUCUCGAUAAGGCUUGUGGUCGCUUCAUAAACAACAAUGCGGUUACCAAGAUGGCCCAGUCAUCCAGUAAAUCCCCUGAGUUGCUGGCUCGAUACUGUGACUCCUUGUUGAAGAAAAGUUCCAAGAACCCAGAGGAGGCGGAACUAGAAGACACACUCAAUCAAGUGAUGGUUGUCUUCAAGUACAUAGAAGACAAAGACGUAUUUCAGAAGUUCUAUGCGAAGAUGCUCGCCAAGAGGCUCGUCCACCAGAAUAGCGCGAGUGACGAUGCUGAAGCCAGCAUGAUCUCCAAGUUAAAGCAAGCUUGCGGGUUCGAGUACACCUCUAAACUUCAGCGCAUGUUCCAAGACAUUGGCGUGAGCAAAGAUCUGAACGAGCAGUUCAAAAAGCACUUGACAAAUUCUGAACCCCUAGACUUGGACUUCAGCAUUCAAGUGCUGAGCUCGGGGUCCUGGCCCUUCCAGCAGUCGUGUACGUUCGCCUUGCCGUCAGAGUUGGAACGUAGUUAUCAGCGAUUCACAGCUUUCUACGCCAGCCGCCACAGUGGCCGAAAAUUGACGUGGUUAUAUCAGUUGUCUAAAGGAGAAUUGGUAACUAACUGCUUCAAAAACAGAUAUACUUUGCAGGCAUCUACAUUCCAGAUGGCCAUCCUGCUCCAGUACAACACGGAAGAUGCCUACACUGUGCAGCAGCUGACCGACAGCACCCAGAUUAAAAUGGACAUUUUGGCACAAGUCCUACAGAUUUUAUUAAAGUCAAAGUUACUGGUCUUGGAAGAUGAAAAUGCAAAUGUCGAUGAAGUGGAAUUGAAGCCAGAUACCUUAAUAAAAUUAUAUCUUGGUUAUAAAAAUAAGAAAUUAAGGGUUAACAUCAAUGUGCCAAUGAAAACCGAACAGAAGCAGGAACAAGAAACCACACACAAAAAUAUCGAGGAAGACCGCAAACUACUGAUUCAGGCGGCCAUCGUGAGAAUCAUGAAGAUGAGGAAGGUUCUGAAACACCAGCAGUUACUUGGCGAGGUCCUCACUCAGCUGUCCUCCAGGUUCAAACCUCGGGUCCCUGUGAUCAAGAAAUGCAUUGACAUUCUAAUUGAGAAAGAAUAUUUGGAGCGAGUUGAUGGUGAAAAGGACACCUACAGUUACUUGGCUUAACCCUUCUGGAAGGGUCUGACUGUGUGACCCGCGGCAAAUAGUUCAUGUUGGAAAGAAUGAAAACAACUCAAGUUCAUAGCAAGCCAGCCUGCCGCCAUUGGACCUCCCUUUUUAAAACUGAGACCAAGACUCCCAUCAGCUGGUCUCGGAUUUACAUCGGAACUGCUCAGGAUUGAUACAUUUCAAGUCUGUAAAUACGGACACCAACGCCAUUUACCCUAAUUUAAGAACAGCGGGGACUGACCCUCCAUGCCGAGGGCUGCAUGCUACCGCAUCUACGUCAAUACAUGGGCUCCCCGAUUCACAGCUGUCGCCUUGGCAGCACUUGUCACGUUGGCAGCACUUUGAGAGCAAGUGUGAAUGGACCCACAUGUAAUCUGCUAUGAAAACCAUUUGUAUAGUGUGUUUCAUUUUUUAAUGUGUGAAAAUAAAGAAAAUUAAAGGAUUUCUGUACAAGUCGCA